GGUAGCAGCUAGCACUUCUGCAGAACAUAUUUCUGAAUUAGAUGAACUAAGGGAGAAGGUGUUGAUGCUAGCUGAACAGAAUAAGUUAUUAGAAGAAAAGCUGUAGGAAUGUGAGGAGAGGAGCAGGCUCAGGGAACAACGUGUGACCUGUUUAGAAAGCAAGGUGGGAUACAGUGAGGAAAUAGCAGGGUCUCUUAAAGAGCAGCUGAAAGAUGCAAAUGCACAGCCAGCACAUAAAAAGCACUGUGUUCCCUCCAUGAGACAAAACUGCAAACCUGGUUACGACCAGGAUGUCCCAGUAAAUUUCUGCCCUGUUACUGAACAAGAGGUAAGAGAUAGGGAACUAGGAACAAGGCCACAAAUGUUAUCUAGUCCAUCUCUCUUUAGCCCCCAAUCAGAAUGCACCAGACAAAGAGUUGAUAAUACAUCUAUACCAACUUAUAGAAAUAACCCUUCUGAACCAGCAACACUCAAAAUACAAGAUGUUAUCAAUUUGACCCAAGUAUUAGGAAAGUUUGAUACUAAUGCAUCAGCCAUCAGCCUUUCCAAUAAACUGGAAGCUGUGAUCAAACAAUAUAACUUGGGAAAUAAGGAUGCAUGUGCCUUGCUUAGAGCAUGGCUUCCUUAUCAACUGGCUGCAGAGCUUAGGCCUCCAGUUGAUAAGCCCAGUGAGGUGUUAGCUGAUGUCAGUGAAAACUGGGGAAAUGCCAGGGAUAGGUUUAGAGAAUUGCAACGUGAAUUAUGGGUGGGCGUGAUACAAGAGGUGCAAAUGCACUAGAGAAUGCAAGGUAUAGGAGAGGAGAUGACGCAAUAUUAUUUUGUACGGAUUACCUCUCCCUAUAUAAAGUUGUAUUUAACUGCCCUGAUAUGUUGUCUGAUGACCCAAAUUUCCUUUAUUCAAUGGCUAACAAAUGCUGUGUUGAUUACAAUACAAAAAUUGCCCUCAGAUAUGCCAGCUCUUAAAACACCUUUGUUAAUGUACUUAGG